AACACGCUCGCGGCGUAACUGUCGCGCGGGAAACAAAGGCUCGACUGCUGUGAAGUCAGCAGUCGCGCGCUCCAUCCGAAGCUAUGUGAGUCUGCUGCUGCUGCAAAGGGACGCCAGAACACAUUCACCGUCGGGUUGAGCGCCGCUCCCUGGAAAACAGAGAGCACACGUCCUCGCCAAGAGCUGAAUUUGCAAUCCGAGAGAGUCACCGAAUUAAUGCCUAUCAUUAGAAAGUAGUAGCCCAGUCAUAUUGAUCGCCUAUAUCGUUUACGCCUCCGAGCGGGGGGUUGUUUUCUUCUGAGCGGGCGCGAGAGAAACAUUCGCAAUCAAAAGGGAACGGUCUGACCAUUGAGAUGUCGGAGGCUUUAUCACAGCAAGAGAGACUUCGGGCCAUUGCUGAGAAGAGAAAGAGAGAGGCUGAGAUUGAGAACAAAAGAAGACAACUUGAGGAUGACCGCAGACAACUCCAGCAUCUCAAGUCAAAGGCAUUGAGAGAGCGAUGGCUGUUGGACGGAGCGCCAUCCAGUGGAGAGGACGAGGCACAGAAACAACUACAAGAGGAUGAAGCCAAGACCAAACUACUGGAGCAGACCAUCCUCCGACUAGAACAGGAGAUUGAUGAGCUUGAGAGUGGCGUGCCUUUGAAUAAAGGAGAAAAUUCACCUGAUGGCCCAGUGAAGGCAGUUGAGAAUGGCAUACAGCAGCCCAGCCCUAACGCAGAUCAAAAUAGCAAGAAACAGAUCACAGGCAUCGAGGCCAAACUGCAGUGCACCAACCCUGAUGUAGCCAUUGAGAAUGCCAGCGCAGAUCAUCCCGUCACCAUGGUGUUCAUGGGCUACAAGAAUGUAGAGGAUGAGGAUGAGGCUGAGACCAAGAAGGCACUGGGCAUAGAGGAGACAGUGAAAGCUGAAUUUGUGGUCAUUGAGGACGGCGAGAGCAAAGGCGGAAACGAAGGGGCCAAAGAGGACCAGGCCCCACCUAACGGCAGCGCCUCCAGUCCUGACAAAUCUCAGGACGAGGCCAAGAAGGAGGAAUCGAAAGAAGAAGGUAAUUCAAAAGAAAAGCAGCCUUGCAAGUGCUGCACAGUCAUGUGAGGGCAACCGCUCACCCUGAAGUUUAGACUCUGACGGAAAACUGACCCUCGACCAUAACACAACAAUGAAUAAGUAUACCCUGUAUACUUAUAAUCAACUUUUGUUGUCUAGUAUGUAUUCCCUUUUUUUUUUCUAUUAAUAUUUUUCUAUAUUUCUGUCUUGACAUU